AAUAUGCACGGCACCACUUUUCCGAGAAGAGAAUGUGGCCCCUGGUCAAUAGUCACUGGGAGCGUAUCUGGUUUUGACGAACCCUGCGUGGCUAAAUUCUGUCGCUAGCUGGCAUGAACACCGUCCGCAAGCAUCGCGAUCCGCAUAUUCUGUCUGCAUGUCUCGACAAAUCGCUUUUUUUCUUUCUUUCCUUUGGCUUUCUCCACCGGUGGGUCAUGGCCCUCUCGGAGUCAAUAAACAAUGACCAGGAUCCGUUACCCCUGUCGGAGACAUCGAUCGAUUCAUUUGGUCACAAUCCUUCUGUCGGAACGCCACACGGUCGAUCCGACGCGCCAAGGGCGUCGCUGAUAUGUUUGAUAGGUUCGACGGUCAUAUAUGACCUGUCCAACCACGCUUACAAUUUCUGGAUCUGCCGACUUCCCAGAACAGACGCUGCUGGCGUCCAUCCGCAUUUACGUAUGCCAUGCUCUGCACGCAUAUUCAGGUCGCAUGUGCCGGCUUAUCUCAUGCCUUGGAGCGUGCGAAAAGGUCAAGACACGGGAUGGGACAAGGAUAUGAAAAUUUUCACCAGGCAGUGUGCGACCGUGGGCUGCGAGGUUACAGCAAUAAUCCUACCUGUAUCCACAUGGCUUGUAUAUUGCUUUUUCGGGGCCUUUGGUCAGCCGCUCACCGAUUCUCCCACAAAUCUCCGUCGAAGGUCCCACGCCAAAAGGUCCAGUUAUGGAGCACAACGCCAAGUUGUGUAAAAAGAAAACACCAAUAUUGCGCUCUUCUCUGGCGCAUCAUCCCGGCCGUCAACUGUCGGAGCAUCUUCUAGAUCCGUCUCAAGAAUGACCUGU